AUGGCAGAGCUUCUAGGCACCUACUUAAUAAUGUUUGCUGGUUUUGCUGCAAUGGUGGUGAAUAAGAACAUGGGUCUUCUUGGGAUAGCAGUUUUGUGGGGUUUAGAUGUGAUGAUUAUGAUCUACACUGUUCCGGCAUAUAUAUUAUCACAAGUCGUGGGUGCAACUCUAGCAACUAGCACUGUCAACUUAAUGUUCAAGGAAGAGCAACCUCAGUUUCUGGGAACAAUUCCAGCUGGCUCAGAUUUGCAGUCUCUUGGAUUAGAAUUCUUGAUCACUUUCCACCUCAUGUUUGCUGUUGCAGGCAUUGCAACGGAUAAUCGAGCUGUUGGAGAGCUCUCUGGACUUGUCAUUGGAGCUGUAGUCACAAUUAACUCCAUUGUUGCCGGCUAUGCUAAACAGAUAUCUUCCGUUUCCCACUUACUCUGA